AUGUGUCAAUGGAUAGACAAGAACAAAUACGAUGUCCAAUUGAAUCCUAUGGAAAAACAUGGAAGCAAAAAUAUCAUAACUAUAACAGCCCCCGAUAGCCAUCACCAGAAUCUGAAAUUCUUUCGAUUCGCAGUUCCUCAAAUUAUUCGAGAAUAUACAAUAGUUAUUCUGCUCACAUCUACCUUUCUAACCACUGCCAGCAUGAAGCUUUCUCUGGUCGUUGCCUAUGCACUGGCAAGCAUUGCCAUUGCUGCCCCUAUUACUGGCGGCUAUGCCGAAGGGGUUGACCUUGUGGCGCCUCGCAUUGGCUAUAAGGCGAAGCGCCGGUAUCCAGAGCUCGCUGAGAACCCAACACAGGUUACCAGUGCUGAAGGAGUUGAUCUUGUUGCUCCUCGCAUUGGCUAUAAGGCGAAACGACGGUACCCAGAGCUCGCCGAGAACCCGACUCAGGUCACCAGCGCUGAAGGGGUCGACUUAGUUGCUCCACGAAUUGGUGUGUACUCCACUAAUUAUCUAGAGAGCAGCUGGCAGCGGCUAACUGUGUUUUUAAAGGGUAUUGAAGUGACUUGA